AGAGACUGCUACAAAAAUGGCAGCGGCCGUGCCGACUCAAUACGUCAAAGUCAAAGUUUAAUAAAACCGACGAUUAAUUCGUGCAACGUGCGAAUAUCUUUCAUUUGUUAACAUGAAGCCUCGAGGGCCGUGAUAAGGUCAUAUUUCUGACUAUUGUCAUCAUGUGAAUUUCGUUCGAGGGAGCUACGAAUUUACGGUUCUUUCUGUAUCCGGACGUUAUCUCAACGUUUCCCUUUGGUACCACCUGUAAACGUACUUGUGGCGUAUUUCUCUUGCGAGAUAAUCAAAAUGACUGACUCGGAGAAACCCUUUGCCUGUCCUUCGCCGGGAUGUAAUAUGAGUUUUACUAAUGAGGAUCAUCUAAUGGUCCAUAAGAAAAAACAUGAUAUGGUCUUAAAUCUUGGAGCAAAUGGGAAAAACAAUGUCUUUGUGGCUGAUCAGACUCCAACUCCUACAAGAUUCAUUAGAAACUGCGAGGAGGUUGGUUUAUUUCAAGAUUUGCAAAAUGUAAAUCCUUUCGAGGAAACCUUUCGAAGGGCGGUGGAGGCAGGAAAGAGUGGAUCGCUGACAGUACCUGAAGUAGGAAUUUCUGAUGAUACACUACAUACUCCACAUGUAUUUCCACAUAUAUCAGAUGUACAACAGACAAAUGAUCAAAUCCUCGCUGAAAAUGUCUCCCAAGAAACACCUUCAAUCACAAUAACAGAAAUAGCAACAAAUCAAGAAAAGAAUACUUGCAUUGAAGUGUGUACUAGUAGAGCAAUAAAACAGACUGACUCGAAGGAAAUAAAAAAUGUCGAAAUAAUAACUACUAAGGAACAUACAGGACAUUCAGCGGAAACAAUUAUUGUACAAGAAACAGAUACUUCAAUAACAACAAAAAUCAUACAAGCACCCACAUCACCUCAACUGUCUAUAAACGGAGAAGAAGUACAAUUACUGUUGAAGACUGCCGAUGGAAAAUUAAUGCAAUUAUCAGCAAUUCCAGUUUCCGAGCCGUGUAACAAUUCUACUACGUCAAUUCAGCAGACUAAAGCUUCUACUGUUGUUAUAAAGACGGAACCACCAUUGCGAAGUGCAAACAAAAAUGAAUCGAAAAGUACCACAUCAUCUAGGCUCUCAUUAGCAAAAAUGAAGUUGAAGCAAGUCCUGACCAAGAACGGUGUAAAUAGCGACAAUCCGAAGUCCAUACAUUCAGAAGAUGAUUUCGAUGAUUUAGCAACAACCAGCGAUAAUCAAAACAGAAAUAUAGAUCCACAUAAGAAAAAGGAAAUUCUAGAACGAAAUCGUGCCAGUUCAAUGCGUGCACGUGCGAAGCGUAAAGCCUGGAUUCAACAAUUGGAAAGAACUGUAAAUAACGUUAACGAAACAAACGCUGUUUUGCAAAUGGAAGUACGAGCCCUACGUUCUGAAGUAGCUAAACUAAAAACGCUACUUCUGGCGCACAAAGACUGUCCCGUAACAAAGGCAAUGGAGAAAGGAAACGGAAUAAUCGUAGGACCCAAAGUGAUCUCGAUAAAUCCGGAAAUGAUACAAGCCAUACCAGUAUCGAGUAGUGUUAAUGUACCUAUCAAAAGAACAGCCGCGUCACCGGAAGUGUCUAUAGCGCCAAAAAAGAAACUAUCCUUUGCUGGGACCGUCUCAAAAAAUCCAGUAAUCUUACCGAAAUCCGAUAACACACUAGGCAGUGCAAAAAUCGUACGAAAUCUCUCAGCUUUGAAGAUUGUCGAAGUGGGUCAUUUCCUGAAUGAAAAAGAACGCGGGAAGCAGAUCCUUAUUGUGCAAAAUCCAUCUGGCAAAAUCGUGGAAGCAUCCCCGAGGCCAAUUGUUCAAAUUAAUCCAAGUUUUGAGAUACAAAACGCAGCGUCCAAAAGUACAGGAACGUAAAAUACUGGAACGGGUAUCGUGAAGUUCUAGCUUUUUUUUUACGUCUGGAAACACUGCUCGUUUCAUGCAGCCGUUCCCAGUCAUCGAAUGAAUCGAGUAUAGGAAUGAAUUUCAUUGUUUUUCGAAAAUUACGUGUUGAACAAGUUAACGUGGAGAAGAGAGCAGCGAGCGAGUCAGAAAAUAAGAAAAGAAAUAUAGAAACUAAGAGCAACGCGGAAGAUGUUUAAAACUAAUUACAUCUCGUUAGACGAUGAGAUUGAUAAUGUUGGUUUUAUCGCCACCUACCAUACGUUUCCUGUGACACGAUUCCACGCUGUAACAACUUAAUGAAUCGUGUAAUAUAGCGGAUCCCAGCAGCACGCUUUUACUUAACUCACUUAGCUGUACACGUCAGUUACGUAACAAAGCGAAUGACGAGUUAAAAAACUUUUAAAUAAACAGCUCGUUACACUUUGUCUUUUU